UUCCUUACCAGCACAAAGCCCGCCGCUCUAGCCAAUUUACUUCAUCAUGGAGAGUCACUCAUUGUGGCUUCUGUUCGUUGCACUUAGUUUUCUGCAAACAUGUCACUCUUUCAACCUUUACCCAGCUAUCAACGGCGAUAAGCUCGCCAAGUCACUGAACGUCACAUCAGACUGCAUUGCAGCACUAAACCAAACUAUUCCAGAAUGUGAUCAGACGUUACUGCAGAUGACGAUGAACGUAGAGAACUACUGGUGGACCGAUGACAACCUCACGGCUGUCUGCGACUCAGGCUGUGCUGAAGCCGUUGGAUCGUGGAACUAUAAUGUCUCUGAUCCUUGCUUCGAGCAGUCUUUCACUGCAUAUGGGAAGCUUGUACCCAUAUGGACGGUCACUGAGCGAGUUGUGGACAAUCUCAUCUUUGCAUGUUUGCCGUCUCGAUCCGAUAACUACACAUACUGUCUCACAGAGUCGCAGGAGUGGGUCGGAGCUGAUGUGUUGCGGGUCGACUGUGAUGCCAAUCCCUCAGAUCCCACUUGCGGCGGCAACUCCACGGACAUCCCCGAGGCGAACGUUCGCCUAGCCAACCUGUACGAAGACGAUAUUUUAUGCAAUGACUGUUUUAUAAAUCAGCUUUACACUCGCAUCUCGUCCAUCUUCGUCCCGGAUACCGACUACUCAGAAUAUCUCGCAGAUCAGAUUUUUGACAUCUCAGACGUUUGCAACAAAACUAUUCCCGACUUCACUGUUGCACUGCCUUGGGAUUAUCAGACUGCAUCGACACUGUCUUCCGUAAACGUGGGAUCUUCGACGACUGCCGUGGCCACUGCCACCUCCACGGCCGCUGCCACGACCACAUGCGUCGGUCAGACUCUUGGCUCUGCCGCUGCAUCAAAAAGAGAUAAUGCUUUGGACUGGAUAAAAAGAUCUGCGCCUGGAUUAGAGCCUAGGCAGGCAUCGUCAUGCGAUGACUUGUCGUCUCAGUAUGGCGUAAGCACUGGCGCACUUCAGUGGUUCACCAACAGUGAAACCUGCGCUGUCUCUGGCUCAGUGUGUCUUCCUCAGCGGUGCACAUUACAGAAAGUUGGAAGCAACGAGACGUGUGCGAGUAUCGCGGCAUCCAUCGGCGGUGACACUACUAUCGUGCAGUUUAAGAAGUGGAAUACCUACGUCCUUGGACUUUGUGACAGUCUUACAGAGGGCCAGUGGGUAUGCGUAAGUUCCCCUGGCGUCAACGCUACAUACACAUUGCCUGCACCACCAUUAGGCACAGAAGCCAAUGCCGGAAAUCAACAACGAGGAGGCGCCGGCGGCAUAGUAUCGGCUACGACGACCGCAACAGACAUUGUGAACCCUGUGUCGGGAGGAACAGCCCCUAGCCCAACCCAAGACGGGCUUGUCACCAACUGCAAUAACUACGCAAGUGCUACUGCUGGAGACGGAUGCGAGGCGUUUGCCACGCGCAACUCGAUUGCGCCAACACAGCUCUAUGCAUGGAACCCAGUUCUUGGCACUGCUGGCUCCGAAUGCUCAACCGCUCUCUGGGCUAGCGAGUAUUACUGCAUCGGCACGUGGAAGCCAACCCAGACUUCUGCCGCAACUGCACCAGGUCCAACCCAGACGGGAAUCACGUCUAGCUGCAAUAAGUACGCAGAGGCAAUCUCUGGUGACGUCUGUACCGUCUUUGCUUCUCGCAACAACAUCACAACCGCUCAGCUCUACGCUUGGAACAGCGUACUUGGAGCAAAUGGAGAGAACUGCGCUGGUUCCAUGUGGGCGGACGAGUACUACUGUGUUGGUGUCUCCGGAUCAUCAUCCGCAGCAACAACCACGGCUGCAGUCUCGACUACUGCUACUCAAGUCACAGCCCCUGGCCCGACCCAAACUGGCAUCGUCUCGAGCUGCUCCAAGUUUGCCAAGGCUCCGUCCGGAGUAGUAUGCGGCGACUUUGCGAGCAGCAACAGCAUUUCAACCGAUCAGUUUUAUGCAUGGAACACAGUCCUCGGUGCCAAUGGGGAGAACUGCGCGUCUUCCAUGUGGGCCAACGAGUACUACUGCGUCGGCAUCACCGUGGCUGCCCCUGGCCCGACGCAAGAUGGCAUCAACUCUAACUGUGCUCGAUACGCCGAAGCGCCUUCAGGUGCGACCUGCACCACGUUCUCGAGCGCCAAUGGAGUCACUCUGGCUCAGUUGUAUGCUUGGAAUCCGGUCUUGGGGGCAAAUGGGGAGAAUUGCGCCACAAAGAUGUGGGCGCAGGAGUAUUACUGUAUCAGUAUCACUAAGUAG